AUGUCUUCUUCAAACUCUGCUGAUAACAUUUCCAAGUGGGAGGAACGUGUAUGCAUAAACAGUGGAAGAAAGUUUUUCAAACCUAAAGUCAGUGGAUCCAUUACACCUGCUGUUGGAAUGUUUUUUAAGUCAUUUGAUGAGGCUUUUGCGUUUUAUCAGAGAUAUGCACUUGCUGCAGGAUUUCAUGUUAGCAAAGAAAUAGAUUCUGGUUCAGUUGAGAAUAGUAAAAAGAUUGUUAGACGUAAUAGAGGUUCAAAAAGAGUUGGAUGCAAUGCUCAUGUGAAAUUAAUAUUAGAGAACAAUAAUAUGUAUAAAAUCUACUACUUUGAAGAAGAACAUAAUCAUAUCUUUGUGGAAGAUGAAGAUAUUCAUUUCUUGCCGGCUGCACGAAGUAUCGAUUAUGUGAAAGAAAGUUUUAUAUCUGGAUUGUCAGCAAUCAAUAUUGGACCUGUUAAAGCAUUCAAUAUUAUGAAAACAAUGUAUGGUGGUUUUGGUGAAGUUGGUGCUAGUAAAGUUGAUUGUAAGAAUUAUAGAAGGGAUUUGAAUCUUUAUAUCGGAGAGUAUGAUGCAGAAAUGGUAGUUAGGCGUCUUAUUAGGAAGAAAGAAUGCUGUCCGGGUUUCACAUGUGAUUAUGUUAUUGCAAUCAAAAAAAAAAAUUAUACAGUUUUUGGUGACAUAUUUGGUUUUGAUGCUACUUAUAAAUCAAACAAGUAUGAUUUGGUUUUUGUUCCAUUUACUGGUAUUGAUAAUCAUUAUAGGAAUGUCACAUUUGGUGGUGCAUUACUUGGUUCGGAGACUGCAGAUUCUUAUAGAUGGCUUUUAAGGUGUUUUGUUAAUGCUUUUGGAAGUGAGCCUAAAGUUGUUGUUACUGAUCAAGAUGCUGCAAUGAAGAGAGCUAUUAAGGAUGUACUUUCAAGAAGUAGGCAUAGGUUAUGUAUGUGGCACAUAUGGGAGAAAUUGAAGACAAAGGUUGGUCCUGUUUUGUCUGCAAACACUGAUUUUAAUACAAGAAUGACUCAUGUUGUUUGGAAUGAUACUAUUAGUCCAGAAGAUUUUGAAACUGAGUGGCAUUCAAUAAUGUCUACUUUUGGAUUGGAAAAUCAUGAGUGGUUAAAAGAUAUGUACGAUCUUCGAUUUGACUGGAUUCCUGCUUAUUACCAUGGAGAGGAUUUGGCUGGUCUUAUGCGUACUACUUCGAGAUGUGAAAGCGAGAAUUACUUCUUUGGUCAGAUUUGCAAUCCAAGAUGUACACUUGUUGAAUUUUUCACUCAUUUUGAGACUGCAAUGGAUAUUCAAAGGCAUGAGCAUAGGAGGAAUGAUCAUGAUACAAGGUAUAUUGAGUCUAAGCCCUGGAGUGACUUUGUAUUGGAGAAACAAGCAUCAGAAAUAUACACCAAAACAAUUUUUAAGGAUAUUCAGAUUGAAAUUGAUGCUGCCAUUACAAAGUGUAUGUCAAAGUCUCUUGAUAUUGUGGGUGAUGUUCAAUAUUUUGAAAUAAAGGAUUUCAGACAGCCAUGCACAUCUUUUUUGAAGGUGCAAUACAGCAAACAAGAAGAUGGAUUAACAAUAAGUUGUUCUUGCAAACGGUUUGAACAAUUUGGUAUAUUAUGCCGGCAUAUAUUUUACGUUUUACGGUAUGAUGAUAUAAAUGAGUUUCCUAGAAGAUAUGUUCAUAGAAGAUGGAUGAGAGAUGUUGUUUCUGUUGGAUCAAAUCAUUCAAAUAUUCGGUUUGAUGAAAUUGGUAGGAAUAGUGAAAUUGAUAAAGUUUAUAGAGAAAUCGUUGUUGCAAAUGAGUAUGUGGUUAAUAGGCUGGUUGGCGAUAUAGAUGAGUUGUGUCGUUACAGGGAUCAUAUUAAAAGUUAUAUUGAUAAAGCGGAUGAGGUUAUGGUUGCUGCGCCGCCUCCUAGUCGCAAAGAAAGAUUUGCUGAAAUUGGAGGGAACAUAGAAAAAUCAGAUUCUAUUAUUCGUGUGCCGAUCAAAACAAGGACCAAAGGAUGCGGUGUACAAAAAAGGAUCAAGUCAAAUCGUGAGAUUGCAAUUCAGAAAUCAUCAAAGAUCCAGAAAUCGUGCCGUGUAUGUGGUGAAAAAGGACAUAACAGUCGCACAUGUAAAGAUAAGGUUUCUUCUAAUGCUAUAGGUUCUAGCAAUGCAAUGUAAUUAUGUAUAGAAAUUCUGACAAAAUCAGAUAUCAAUAAGUAAAAAAAAAUUUGUCAUUGCGUUUUA